CCGAAAUAUUGUUGCAAAAAUUUGCAUUAAAUUUGAAAAUUCGAGUUACAGCUGGGAUUUCAAGAAACUAAAUUGAAUCUUUAAUAGCAAAGCCUAUUCCGCGGCUGUACAUUGUUCUUCCAGGAUCAGGCACUGAAGCUGUGCCAACGCUGUUCAGCAAUCAUCCAAGCACUUCUUUCAUCACAUAUCUUAAUCAAUUUUGUUUAUUGCCAGGUUCGCAUUUGAGAGCGAAUCGUGUCGACUUGACUUAACCAACAUGUCAACUAUUCCUCAUAUAUGCGUUGUUGGGUCCCUUAACAUCGACUUCGUCACCUUUACACCACGUUGCCCUGAACCAGGAGAGACACUGACAGCCACUUCUCUCUUGGUUACUGCAGGAGGGAAAGGUGCAAAUCAAGCUGUUGCCUGCGGUCGAGCUUCGUUCGUCUCAAAAGCGCAUCAGGAUGUAAUUGUGAGCAUGAUUGGAGCCGUCGGCCCUAACGACCCCUAUUAUUUGACUCUUCUGAGGCCGAUGCUAGAGGACUCAGGUGUUAGCACGAGAGGCAUCGAGGAGACGAAGGAGAGUCAGACUGGUUCAGCCACAAUCAUCGUUGAGAAUGGGGCAGGUGGAGAAAAUAGGAUUUUAGUCGUUCCGGGGGCGAAUCAUUCCGGUAUGAAUGAUGUUGACAAGAUCCUCGCAAUAACCAAGAGUCAAAGCCAACCCGUUGGGGUCGUGGUAAUGCAAGGCGAGAUUCCGAGAUUGACGGUGCUGGCUCUUCUGCAACAUUUCAAUGGACCUGCAAGCGAUGCUCACGUUAUCUUCAACCCUGCGCCCGUAUUUCCAGAAGGUGUACCGCUCACGGCACUUGUGGACACAUCCGUCCUCAUCAUGAACGAAACCGAAGCUGUACAAAUGACUGGAUCAAUUCCGAAAUUCCCGGUUUCUGUCCAAACUGAGGCAGACUUGAAGCCGGAAGAAAUUGCCCCGUACUUCCAUACAAUUGCCAAAAUCAAAAUAGUCUUGAUAACACUUGGCGCAAAGGGUGUUUUUUUCUCUACAAGCAAUGGCAAGCAGGGCUUCGUUCGCGGUGUCGCCAUUGACAAAGUGGUAGAUACAACGGCGGCCGGAGACACGUUUGUGGGCUACUUUGCUACAACGUUUUCAAAGUUCGUCGCAACAGGAGCUACUCUUGAUAAGUUCGAUGUCGAGAUCGAGAAAGCAGUUCAGGAGGCGAAUGCCGCAGCUGCUAUCUGUGUGCAAAGAAGGGGCGCGAUGCAGAGUAUUCCAUUUGCGUACGAGUGA